AUGACGAUUUGUCAAGGCUCGCUUAUUACACGUGAAGAAAAGAAGUUUAUUUCAGAUGUACAAUUCAAUUUUGGAAUCCUCAUUGUAUGGGAUCCAGCACCAUAUCAUGCAAGUAUUUAUGAGUGGUUUCAGAAACCAGAGUACCAUUUCUUUGAAAUCUACAAGCAUUAUAGGAAGAGACAUCCCAAGCAGCCUUUUUAUAUCCUGAACCCCUACAUGCAAUGGCAACUUUGGGAUAUCCUCCAGGAGAAUUCACCAGAGGAUAUUCAGCCAAAUCCACCCUCUACUGGCAUGCUUUGCAUUGUUCUUAUGAUGCACUUCUGUGAUGAAGUUGCUGUUUAUGAGUUUCUUCCCUCUAAGAGACAAACAGAUAUUUGCCAUUAUUAUCAGGAUACCCUUGAUAAAGCAUGCACAUGGGGUACCUACCACCCACAGCUCUAUGAAAAAAAUAUGGUGAAGCACCUUAAUCAAGGUACAGAUGAAGAUAUUUACAAUUAUGGAAAAGUGACUUUACCAGGCUUAAGGAAAGCACAAUGUUAG